GUAGUACGGAAGAGUCGUGGCGCGAAGAGUUGCGUGAACCGUGGAGCCUCUGAGAAAAGCACGCGGAAGACGAGGUUCUGCAGGAGAGAAUCUCAGAGCAGUCUGGGAAGUGUAGUCCAGUUCGCUUAGCAGAAGAUUCGCGGUGGGCGCCGGAGUUCCGGCAAAACGCUGAGCAGGCUUCAAAAGAGGCUGUGACUAUGCCUUUUAACUCUGGAGAGGGAGCAUAAGAAGUGUUUGUUUAAUGAAUGAAUGACCUAUCCAUUUAGGACCUGUUUAGACCCUGAGGAUAACCCUGUGAGUUGCUGAUAGUUCAUUGGGUCUGGCCUUCAGUGUUGAUCUCAGUAUGCUGCGGCGAAAACCAACCCGCCUGGAGCUGAAGCUUGAUGACAUUGAGGAGUUUGAGAGCAUUCGAAAGGAUUUGGAGACCCGUAAAAAACAAAAGGAAGAAGUGGACGUCGUAGGAAUCAGUGACGGAGAAGGUGCCAUUGGGCUCAGCAGUGACCCCAAGAGCCGGGAACAAAUGAUUAAUGAUCGAAUUGGUUAUAAACCCCAACCCAAGCCCAAUAAUCGUUCAUCUCAAUUUGGAAGUUUCGAAUUUUAGAGGCAGAUUAUCUGGAAUGCCAGAGCCCUGGAAUGGAGUAAAAUGCUGGCAGAAGUACAAACAAGAUUUAGAGAAUUGAGUGUUUGCAGUCAAGCAGAAUGUUUUACCUCCUGCAGAGAAACACUUCUGCAUGAGAUUACUGAUGCUUAACUUUUGCUCUAAGUGGAAAUCUAAACUCUAGUUUGUCUCUGGAAAAUUUGACUCUAUAAAACUUGUCUGAUUUUUGUUUUUAAAAAUAAAUAUAUUUUUGGAAAAGU